CAAUCGGAGACAACUCCUGACGUAUACAAAACGCAUGGGAGGAAUCAUGCUUCCGUCAAACAGAUCUGAUUUACUUUAUAUGCGACAUAGGGACAGUGGCGAUCUUUCGCUCUCCCCCCACAUCCAAGUAACAUGUUGCGCGACUUGGCAGUGUUUCUAUCUGUUCUAGCCUUGCAGAACUUGAGGGGGGCAAGGGCGCAGAGCGAGGCGACCUGUACUGACUCUGCGUACUCAUGGUCGUUCAAUUCGCUAAAACAAAGUCCUUGCGAUAUAGGAAGAGCAUUGGGUGGUGUAUGUACCACUGAUUUCACAAUCCAGGCCCUUCCGUCGGGGUACCACUAUUCGGGUGUAGGCGCCAUAUACACGUCCGACUGUGUCUGCAAUACCGUGUACUAUUCCCUCCUGGACGUAUGUGCUGCUUGCCAAGGUGGUUCCGUCUCAGUUUGGAAUGAAUGGGACGCUAAUUGCACAACAACGUACCAGACGUUCCCAGAAAAUAUACCCGACGGUACUGCAGUACCACACUAUGCUUAUCAAGCCCUUUUACCAAAUGGCACGUUCGACUUUGCUAGUGCUGUAACCGACACGGGCUCUGAGGCAACACACAUCGCGUCUAGUAGCGCUUCCUCGACUAGCGGUUCUACCUCGCGUUCCGCAUCUGCUUCUGGCACCUCCGCCCCUGCAGCAACCUCUGGAUCAAGCUCCAGUGGAAGUAGCAACACUGGCGCGAUCGUCGGUGGGGUUGUGGGAGGUGUUGUAGGCCUCGCGUUAAUCGCUGGUCUCAUCUUCUUCUUAGUCCGCCGUCGUCGUCGUCGUCGGCCUGCCGUCGCUGCGACUACUGGUCCCAUUGGGGGUGAUAUUCCCCCUCCCGCGCCUUCUUUAGUGGGCCAGAACCUUUCUGGAUCGGCAUAUGCGCCUACUACUACAACAUAUGAUAAAAUUUAUGACCCUAAUGACCCUUCCACUUUUCCUACCGUCCAAAAUGGCUUACCGUAUGGCCAGCAACAAGCUCCGGGAGGAUAUCCUCAACCUUAUGCCCCACAUUCGCCAUCAUCUCCCGACUCGAAUAUGACUCCUAAUAGGUUCUCACCGGCACAGACUACCAGUCCACCACCGUCGUCGGCAUACCGUGGUGCACCAGAGGUUUGAUUUGGUGCAGUAUCACUGGCAGGUAGAUGAGGUGUUGGAUGACUCUUUCGCUGAUUAAAUAAUUGUCGUACCUACGCGUAUAUUUUUUUAUUC